CCUCAAUUUGCUGGCAUGACAGAGGUCCCUGAGUCGAUUCUUCUCGACAAGGAAACCUUCAGACUCUAAUCACACCCACAAGCUGAGAACCAAUCUGAUGCGGACCAAACUCCUUGAAAACAGUUUUGUUAAAAACCCCGUCACUGAUGAAGUGAUGGACCCUUGGUAUUUGCGGCAGUCUUGUCGAGGAAGUUUAGCUGAAAGGAGCACUCGCGUUGGAUUGGAAAACUGGAAAGGAGAGCGAAAGAGAAGGGCCACGAGCACCCUCCCUCAUCUCAUGCAUUUCGAGGAUCAGUCUCGCCCACACAGCUUGGUGAUGGAAGCUUGAGGGAUCAGUUGGAACAAUUCCACAUACAUCUGAUCACCGCCAAUGAGUAAAAAGACACUUCCUUUUACUCACAUUAUGGCUUCUAAAAUGGAAAAAGGUCACCGUGAUAACCAGGAUAAUGUAAAUUUGAAGAAGCUUGGUCCCAAAAACACCGAAGAUUGCAAUGAAACAUCUGGAUUGGUACAGGGUCGCGACUUCGGCAGCACGGAAUCAGAGGUCUGCUUCAACUAUAUCAACUCCAUAAUCGGGUCUGGGAUCAUUGGGAUCCCGUACGCUUUUAAAGCGACCGGGAUUGGCUUGGGAGUGAUGGUUUUAUGCUUGGCGGGUGGUUUGGUUAACCUCUCGCUUAGGCUUCUCAUGAAAGCCGGGGAAAUGUCGGAAACCAAGAGCUAUCAGGAACUAAUGUGUUUCUCUUUCGGGUACCCUGGCUUCUGGGUCAUUACGUUCCUACAGUUUGCCUAUCCUUGUACGGCAAUGACGACCUACAAUAUCAUCGUUGGCGACACUGUCACCACGAUCCUCGUCAGGUUGACCGGAUGGGACCCUUCCCACUUUCUGGUUCGAAGGGAAUUUGUGAUCCUGAUGAUUACGCUCGUGGUCACAUUGCCCCUUUCGUUAUAUCGGAAUAUUGGCAAGCUAAGCAAAGUCAGCUUCCUGAGCCUCAUCUUUACGGCCUUUGUGACCGUGGUCAUCUACGUGAGAAUUGCUCCCAUGAUGGAUAUUGUGAAGGAUCAAACUCAGGUCUUGUCGUGGUUCGAUAUGAGUGGAUUUGCCGAAGGGGUCGGAAUUCUGUCGCUCACAUUCAUGUGCCAUCACAACUCGUUCCUUCUCUUCAACUCGAUGGCGAAUCCCAGCAUCUCAAAGUGGAAUCAGGUCACGAAUUGGUCAGUGGGGAUCUCCAUGAUUGUCGUCCUCCUUUUGGGAUUCGGAGGCUAUGUCACGUUUAGAGGUGGCACUCAAGGGGAUGUUCUGAAUAAUUAUUGUUGGGGUGAUGAUUUGGCCAAUGUGGCUCGAUUGGUCUUUUGUGUGACAGUCCUCUUCACUUAUCCCAUCGAAUGCUUCGUUUGUCGAGAGGUCUUUGAGAAUAUCAUCACCGGGUUCAUCGGUCACUUCGAAAGGACAACUGGGUUCCAUUACCUGCUGACCAUCAUCCUUGUGGCUCUUCCAUGUGCAUUGUCCAUGGGAACAUCUUGUUUGGGUAUCGUUCUGGACCUCAAUGGACUUGGGUUUGCCCUGCCAUUAGCCUACAUUCUUCCGGGAAUUUGCUACUUGAGAGUCAAUAACGGAAGUUGGUACGAUUGGGACAACAUGGUCGCUUUGAUGUUGGCCACCUUUGGGAUCGGGGUCACCGUCAUUGGGAUCUCACAAUUGGUCUUUGCGGGUGCUGAGGAAUGUAUCCAUGACCAGGAGCUGCCCUAUUGUGCCAAGUCUAACUUCACCCAUAUCCUUCCGCGCGUUCAUCUACCUUUUUAAGCAACGAACGAGCAGGAAUCACCAUCAUCAUCAUCAUCUUCCCUACGUGUUUUUUUUGUUUCAGCAUCAGUAUUACAAAACCAUGUCGUAUUAAUAUAUAUACACACACAUACAUACCUAUAUUUACUUGUUAUGUCUUGGUGUUGAAUAUCUUGAGUCUAUUUCAUAAAUACAAAGAGAAACGAAUUUCUCAAGAAGUGUUUCAUCCAGA